UGUAAAAUCCUACAGCUCUCUUAUCCCAGCCAUGCUCUGAUACAUUUUUUUCUCUCCUUUUUCUGAUUUUUGUGUGAAUGAUAAGUGAUCUGAUGAUGGCUCUCGUUAUGGAACCUAUUAGCAAGUGGAUGCCCAAGCAAGUAGUGGAUUGGAUGAAAGGCCUUGAUGAUUGCCUCCAACAAUACAUAAAAAAUUUUGAAAGAGAAAAGAUCAAUGGUGAGCAGCUGCUACACAUCACUCAUCAAGAGCUUGAGGAACUGGGAGUCACUCGCAUUGGCCACCAAGAACUGAUACUGGAAGCAGUUGAUCUGCUAUGUGCAUUGAACUAUGGUUUGGAGACCGAAAACCUGAGAACUCUCUCUCACAAGCUGAAUGCCUCGGCCAAAAAUCUUCAGAACUUUAUAACGGGUAGAAGGAGGAGUGGCCAUUAUGAUGGCAGGGCCUCCAGACGACUGCCAAAUGAUUUUCUUACCUCUGUAGUUGACCUGAUUGGUGCUGCUAAGAACUUAUUAGCCUGGCUGGACAGAUAUCCUUAAUGUCACGUAAAUCUAUUCUUCCUUUCUCAUAGGUCUCCAUUUGUCAGUGUGACAGAAUACUCACUGCUAAAAAACAACAUUGUUCAACUGUGCCUGGAACUAACAACCAUUGUACAACAGGAUUGUACAGUGUAUGAAACAGAAAACAAAAUUCUUCAUGUGUGUAAGACUUUGUCUGGAAUUUGUGACCACAUCAUUUCACUCUCAUCUGAUUCUCUGGUGUCACAGUCAGCACACCUAGAGGUAGUUCAUCUCACCAGCAUCAUGCCCAGUGAAGGUUUGGGAAUGUAUAUCAAAUCAACAUAUGACGGGCUGCAUGUAAUCACAGGAACAACUGAAAAUUCUCCUGCUGACCAGUGUAAGAAAAUCCAUGCUGGUGAUGAGGUGAUUCAAGUCAAUCAUCAAACUGUGGUUGGCUGGCAGUUAAAGAACCUGGUAAAUGCAUUGCGAGAAGACCCAAAUGGCGUGAUUUUAACCUUGAAAAAACGUCCUCAGAAUACCCUGGUUUCUGCUCCUGCCCUUUUGAAGAAUGUCAGGUGGAAGCCUCUUGCACUUCAGCCUGUAAUUCCAGCAAGCCCAACGAGCAGUUCCACAACGCCAACGAGUACAAUGGGCAUGUCCUCCAAAAUGGAAAACUCAGCACUCCAGGAUGUUUACAUUCUUUCUCCUAUGUCAGGACUUUAUGGUCCCAGGGAUGAAAUUGGCAUGAUGUCUUGUGAUGACAUCAGCAAGUUUGGAAAGACUGGAAUGAAAGGCUCUGAAUCUCCAAGUUAUUUUCUUGAGCAUGAAAGUGGUAAAUACUACACGUUAAUUGAAGGUGAAGGCCAUCCUGUGAGCUCUGAUUAUGAGAGAAGCAGAGCUACAGGCGUGCGGAGAAGAGAAAAAACACCCACUCACGGUGAUUUAAGACCUGUUUCGAUGCCUACUGACUAUAGCUGGAUAGGGGAAUCAAAAGAACAAAACAUGUACAAGAGAGGGAGCCGUGCAUCUGAAAGAUGGAUAACGUUCUUUCCCUACUUUCUUGGUACGCUGAGAAAUCACUAUGAGGAUGAUUACGAGGAACCUAAAUCAGAGAAGCUAAUACGAGUUUUUCUAGGUUCUAAUCAUUUUAUAUUACUUCUAGUUUGUAAUUCUAUCCAUUACUGCCAGAACCCCCUUAAUCAGGGGUUUAAGAAAGUCAACAGUAUAGAUUGUAACUAUUCCAGAUACCGAAGACUAAGUGAAAGAUAUGCUAGUUCUGCCAUUGACCGUCAAGGAAGUACAUCCAUGAGGAAGUCAUUCCAUUACGCUUCUCUCAGGGUAAGAUCCAGAAAAUGGUCAAAAGGGAGCUCUCUGACAAGUGGGAGCAGAAGACGAAUUUCCUGCAAAGACUUGGGGCACGGGGAUUGUGAAGGCUGGCUGUGGAAAAAAAAGGAUGCCAAAGGUUACUUCACACAGAAGUGGAAAAAGUACUGGUUUAUUUUGAAGGAUUCUUCCUUGUACUGGUACACAAACCAGAAUGAUGAAAAAGCAGAAGGAUUCAUUAGCUUACCUGAGUUCAGGAUAGAUAGAGCAACUGAAUGCAGAAAAAAACAUGCCUUCAAAGCAUGUCACCCCAAAAUAAAGAGUUUCUACUUUGCAACAGACUGCCUUGAAGAAAUGAAUAGAUGGAUGAAUCGUCUGGGUCUCGCAGCAAUUGGUUACACACCCGAUGACAAGGAUAUUCAUCCUGAUGAAGCAGACUACUGGAGUGAAAGUGACCAGGAUGAUGUUGAUGGCUCUUUAACCCUGAAGCAGGAAGGCUCCUCAACACUGUGUGACACCUAUCACCGAACACCCUCAGUGACUUCGUCAAGUCCAUUCCCUGAAGCCAAACAUGGACGACACUUUUCAAGUGAAUCAACAUAUUCUCAUUCUUCUGCUGAAGAUUCUCGACAAGAUGUAGCAGGAAGCACACAUUCAUCAGGAUGCAGACCUCCCUACCGAGAAAGACGCUCAUGGCAGGAUCUGAUAGAGACUCCAUUAACCAGUUCAGGGCUCCAUUUUCUCCAGACUGUUCCUCCUGAUCCAGAAUACGUGAGUGGUCAGCCUGGAAUGUCACCAGAAAGACGAAGACAAGCAACAUUGCCAGUACAAAGACGUCAUAAUUAUGAACAGGAUGGGCCUUUCCCUUUAGUGGAAUGUCAGAGAGGACAUAGCUCUCAUAGCAGGCCACAGAAGCAACGUAGUCAAAGCCUUCCACGAAAUAGAGAUGUCAGGGGUAAGGGCCGUGUGAAGUCCAUAGAAGGAACAGAGGACAACCUGGAAGAGAAAACUCCUAUUAGAAGGCAUAAUAGUUUUUGUGCAGAAGAAAGCAUAAAAGAAACUGGAGAAAAUUUAGAUGGCCUGCAAGAGCUGUAUAAGUCUCUGGAACAAGCUAGUUUGUCAGCUUUUGGAGAGCAGCGCCCUUCUACCAAGCAGGAGUUCCGCAAGUCUUUUGUAAAGCGAUGUAAUGAUCCAGUUAUCAAUGAAAAGCUUCACCACAUCAGAGUACUCAAGAGCACUUUAAAAGCAAAGGAAGGGGACCUCACAGUUAUCAACAGCCUUCUGGAUGAUCCCAACUUAACAUCAAAGAAGUUUAAAGAUUGGAAACUAAAGAACUAUGAGUUUUUCCUGGACAUUUGUGAGUACAGUGCUGCUCUGAAAUCUCAAAAUGGAGCCUCUGAACUUGCAACCUCAGCACCAAUGCUGACCCAUACACAUUCAUUCAUUGAAACUCAUGUCUGACAGGACUCGUAGCAUGAAUAAUUGCUGGGUGCCAUGAAAAAUCAGUACGACAAACACUGUAAUAUUUAUAAAUAAUGUGCUCAGCAGUACUGUAAAUAAGUUGGAUAAGAGAAUAGUGCCACAGGAUGCCUACUACAUUGCAUGAUAAGACAAUAAUAUUCUUUAUUAUUUUUUUUGUUUGCUAUUAUCAACUGAUGUCCGUAUCAAGCUCUGCAUUAGAAAGAAGCAGUGCAGAAGUGUAACUGAAAACAAACACCAGUAUAUUUAAAGUACUGUACUAAAACCAAGCUUCUAGUAUGAGCUCCUGCAACCAUUUUAUAUAUUUAGGUAUAUUUAAAUAUAUCUAUGUAUAUAAAAUGUAACACGAUAGUUUAUAUUUACUUUUUAACUGCUCUACAGUUCACAUUUUCAUGUUUUUCUUGAGAAAAAUAUAAAAUGAAAACAUAAAGACAUUGGACACUCUUAGAGAUGAACGAUUAUUUUUGCUACAUUUCCAAGUAGUGACCAUCCUUGCAAAUAAAAGGACAGAUUUAUCAAAAUAUAAACUCAAUCCCUAUAGUGUGCCUUAACAUGUACACUGUACAUCUAGCAAAUAGAUCCCAAUCUGGCCCUAUGGGCAUACAGUAUAUGCCAUUUAGAUACUGUGUUUGUAAAAUACUGUGCCUGCCUUUAAAAUGAAUGAAUAUAAGUGUGUAGGUGUGGCACAGAAGUUAAGAUAUGAGUAGAACAAUGUUGGUUGUUCACUAAUGCUGCAACUUACGCUGCUUUUAACAUAAUUUGAAAUAUUUCAUGGUGAAAGAAAAACAUCUGCACUGAAUAUGGCACAUUCUGCAGGUUUUCAUAGUUUCUUCACUGUGAAUUUAAGUGACACAUGCCUGUGUGUCACAUAAUUCAAAAAAGCUCUGAUGCUUUAAGGAUAAGCAUUAAAUAAUGAAAAAAAAAAAACCUGAACUAAUCAAUUAAAUUCUGUAAUAGACUGACAUCUAAAGCUGAGUAAAUUAUUCAAAAUUAUAAUAAUGUCUGGCAAUAAUUUUUAACUGUUAGUAGUACAUCAGCAAGUGGGUGAAGUUAUUCAUUACAUCACUAGAAAACCAAUCUGUACUGAUUGGUUUUGAAAAGACACACAGGUUACAUCAUGUAUUUCACUUCCUUGCCUGGAUGAGAAUGAAUUAGAUUUUGGAGAAAAUACUUGCAUUCUUGGAAAAAAAAGGAUUGCUCUGAAUGUUACUGAACAUGUUUCCAACACACAUUCACAGUUUUCUUUGACUAUUCUUACUAGAAUAUUUCAAGAAAGCAGGACAAAGGAAGUGUGAAUUCAGUUGAGAUCAUUUUACUUAAACACAGAUAUUCGCUGAUAUUUUUCCACUAUAUAAACCUAAUUGUCUCUCAUAUACCAAGAACUGUAAAAUUCAUACUAUUCAAUAUAAUAUGGGGAAAAAUGUUAUCUCAAAGAGGUCCUAGUACCCAGAAAGAGAUUUACGUAUUCACAAAGCCAGAACUGGGUAGAGGUAUUCUGUUUGUUUAGGACAGUGUCCACCAAGGAGCUGUGGCAAAUUAACAGGACACAGGGAGAAAAACUCGUGGGUCAAAAUAAAGACAGAGAUCACUUAGCAAUUACCAUCAUAGACUGAGCUUAUGGAAAACUACUUAAAUUAAUUGUUCAUUAAAAAUAGAGGAAGAUAAUGAGCAACAAAGACAAAACUAAAACCACCUACCCCUACACUGCCCCCCAUCUACCCAGGCUCAACUUCACUCCUUUCCUGCCUCUUCUGUCUCCCCCCACUCCUUUCCUUGGGAUGCAGUCCUUCAGGAGCAUGCUGUUCCUGCUUGCGUCCCCCUGGGCUCCUCUGUGGGCUGCCUGCAGGCUGCAGUCUCCAUCAGGGCACAUCCACCCGCUGCUCCCAGUGCUCCUCCACAGGCUGCAGAGGAAUCUUUGCUCUGGUGCCUGAGAACAUCCCCCCGCUCUUCCUCCUCUGGUCUUGGUACCUGCAGAUUUGCCUCUUUGAUUUUUCUCACUCUCUCGUAAGUGAUGCAUGGUAUUUUUUAUCCUGUCUUAAAUAUGUUACCUGCUUUGCUGAUGGUUCAGCUUUGGCCAGUGGCAGGGCCAUUUCUGAGGUGGCCAGAAAGGGUUGUGUCCGACUUGAGGACAGCCCCUUGCUCUGUUCUCACGAAGCCACUCUUGCAGCCUCUCUGCUACCAAAACCUUGUCCUGUCAACCCAAUACAGCCCUGAAAAAACACAACUCAGAUUUGAUUUUUAUUCUCAUUUGCACUAGCAUUUAUUUGAACCACAGUGGGUACGGUGAUUAAACAAAUAGUCUAUAAUAGUAUGAGAUGUUAUUAGUAGGGAUCUGUUACUUGACAGCUGUUCUCAUCUCAGAAGCAGAGUCACAACAUCAUUGCAGCAAAUACAUUUGGAUAGAACAUACAACAUGAAGGCAUAUUUGACAUGCUUUAGCAAAUUAACUAUAGACCUAAGAGUCACUGAAGACAAUGGCUCCUUAAAUGCAUACAGCAGGGUGGAGCAGGAUCACGUCGUACAUACCUUACUGAAUAUUAAGCAUACACUGAAGGGUCUAACACCUGAGGUCAUAAAAAACAUACAGGAAAUAGAGAACAACAAUUUGUCAUAAAAAUUGGAGUUGCGGUAUUUAUGCAAAAUGUAAAACAGUUUAAACGUAUUUACUAUGUGAACACUAUAGUUACUGAACAACGGAAUAGCAAAAGCAUUAAUAGAGGGAAUUUGCCUAACUUUUUUCAUAGCAGAUCUCUGAAAGAUAUAUUUCACUAUUUUUAAUGCCAUCCUUCGUAUAAAAUGGAAUAAAUAUUAAGCAGUGAUGCAAAGAAAUGCCUAAAUUAUACAAAUCAUUUAUAAACCAAUUCAUACUUUAUGUGUAAGCAGUGAUAGAUGGUCACCAAAUUAAGUGCAUCAAAUUUUCUAUAUUCAUAAGCAAAUAUAAAGUUUGUAAGAUUUAAGUAAUAUUGCUUGUAUUUUAUAGCAAGCAAAAUCUACUUUUAAAUUAAGCAACACGAACAUUUUGCUCUUUCACAAAGGCUAGCUGGCAAGAAUUUUUACAUACUUUUUGCAUGUAUACUCAACUCCAUACUGAAGUCCUUCCUUCCCCAUGACUAGUUUUUCCUUUCUGCAUCUAGGCACUAAUCCAGCUAACCUGCAGAAAUUAAUGCACAAAGUCACCAUAGAGCAAUUGUUUGGAAUUUCAUGAUCUUUGAAAUAACUUGAAUGAAAGAGCAAUAAAGAUAUUGUAUUUAAAAUUCAUGUACCAAAUCAAAAUAAGUCAAAUUCUCCUGGACCAAUAAGUACUCUAACUCUGUACAACGCAGCUGAACUAUUAAGGUAGCCUUGAUGACAUAUUGUUUUUAAAUUAGGAAAAAAAUAAUGUUUGCUGUUGAGUUCUUCAAGGGAAAUAAUCAGCAUCAGUGGAGUACAUUUAUUAGCGUAAUAGAUCUUCUGCCUGCCUGCUUAGACAAAAACUGGUUCCUACCAUAUAUAACUACA